AUGUGAAUGUUUGGGAAGUUGUUGAUGUGUCGUAUUUCCCACACAUUGGGUCAAACUGCUUCCUCACAGAGCGUCGUCCUCCCAGCCAAACACACCCCUUAGUUCAAAACGUCACAUGGCUGGGAGUGGAUGGUGCCUUUAAUGAAAUUACAUAUGGAAUAGCCAAAAGUGGGAAUCGAAGGUACUUCAACAGGAAUUAACCGGGUGCAAAAUGCCACAGCAUAUUUUUCAGGUAUGCCAUCAAACUAACGUACAGUAUGCUCAAAACUGUUAUGUUUCUAAAGCUUUAGUAUUUUUUCCAUUGGAUUUUCCAGUAGAUAACUGUACUCCAGUCUAGUGGUUCGAAGGGAAUUGGAGUGAAAGUCCGCCAUAUUCAGCUUUACCACGCCCGGAGUCGAGCUAUUGGGGAGAAAGACUUGAAUAUAACAGAUUAUUUCGUGCGAUUGUUUCUAUCUUGACGAAUUUCCAAACGCAAGAUAAAGGAUCGUCGCCUUUUUUCGUUAGAGAAAACAAUCGAUGAGGAAGAAAGACCUGACAAGAUUGAAAGACCACAGCUAAUAAGAACGGAUGACUAUGGGGACAGUAUUCCAAAAGGAUCUGUUGCUCAAGUAAGAAUUAAAAGCAAAUCAGACUGACUUGGAUUGCACUCUUUGGUUGGGUGAGACUCUGGGCAGAAGAACCUGAAACAGUCGGGAUGACCCACACUGAAAAAAUUGUAGGUUUUCUGUGAUUUUCGUGGACAAUUUCAUGAAUCGAAUUUUUAAAUCCAUUUUCUUCAGGCUAUAAAAACAAUCUUACUGCGUGGCAAUACACCCAUGCACUGUUUUAUUUUUCCUCAAUGGAUUUUUUGAAAAAGUCUUAAACAAGUAAAAUAGUCACCCAUAGCGUUUUCUUUCGGAGAAUCAUGACUCUGGACUCCAUAAUGGCGUGUUGCCUCAGCGAGGAGGCGAAAGAAGCCAGGCGGAUCAACGACGAAAUCGAGAGGCAGCUCCGCCGGGACAAGAAAGACGCCCGUCGAGAGCUAAAGCUACUGCUACUCGGGACUGGUGAGAGUGGGAAAAGCACCUUUAUCAAGCAGAUGAGGAUCAUCCACGGGUCGGGCUACUCCGAGGAGGACAAGAAAGGCUUCAUCAAGCUGGUGUACCAGAACAUCUUCACCUCUGUACAGUCCAUGAUCCGUGCCAUGGAGACCCUGAUGAUCCCCUACAAGUAUGAGCACAACAAGGGCAACGCUAAUGUUGUACGUGAAGUGGAUGUAGAGAAGGUCUCAUCAUUUGUAAACCCUUAUGUGGAUGCCAUUAAAAGUCUAUGGAACGACCCAGGAAUCCAGGAGUGCUAUGACCGGAGAAGGGAAUACCAGCUCUCCGACUCGACCAAAUAUUACCUGAAUGCAGUGGAUCGCAUUGCUGAACUUGGCUACGUACCCACCCAACAAGAUGUCCUCAGAGUGCGAGUACCCACCACAGGCAUCAUCGAGUAUCCAUUUGACCUUCAGAGUGUCAUCUUUAGGAUGGUGGACGUGGGUGGCCAGCGGUCAGAGAGACGGAAGUGGAUCCACUGCUUCGAGAACGUCACCUCCAUAAUGUUUCUGGUGGCGCUAAGCGAGUACGACCAGGUCCUGGUCGAAUCCGACAACGAGAACCGGAUGGAGGAGAGCAAAGCAUUAUUUAGGACGAUAAUAACGUAUCCCUGGUUCCAGAACUCCUCUGUCAUACUAUUUCUGAAUAAGAAAGAUCUGCUGGAGGAGAAGAUCAAUUACUCUCAUCUGGUGGAUUACUUCCCAGAAUAUGAUGGGCCCCAGCGAGAUGCUCAGGCAGGUAGAGAGUUCAUCCUGAAGAUGUUCGUGGACCUCAACCCCGACAGUGAUAAGAUCAUCUACUCGCACUUCACCUGCGCCACCGACACCGAGAACAUCCGCUUUGUCUUUGCAGCCGUCAAAGACACCAUCCUGCAGCUCAACCUCAAAGAGUAUAAUCUCGUGUAGACCCUACACACCCAACUUCACCCCUGAGAAGACACACACACAAAGUCGUAUUAUAUCCAUAUUCAAGGAAUUAAAAAGAAGCUGGUCGCUGUAUGAAUUGGUUGGAUGGAUGCACACCCCCACCCCCAGCCUCACCCCCACCCUACCUUCGUCAGCUACAGCUAGAUCACAUCAGACCCCACCCCUGCUGGGGAAACGGCUCGCGCAACGUGAAGACAUCCCAUUUUUCUUGCAUUUGGUUGCGUCACAGGUGUCAUUGAUUUGAAAAGCGAGAAUCUAUUGAAUCGGGGCUGAGAUAUCAAUAAUUACAAAACACUACUGCGUCCUUAUUUAUUUGCACCUUGGAGCUUGUUCACAAGGUCCACCUUGAAUUAUUCUAAUUAUUAUUAUUAUUAUUAUUAUUAUUAUUAUUAUUAUUGUUGUUAUUCAAUUUUAAAGAGAAUCAAUUUUCAGUGGACGUUUACUGUACGAAACGCUUGGAGAGAUGCUUCUGAGGCGGUGCGCCAAGUUCCCUAAUCUUCCGAUUUUCUUUUCUGAGGAACCUGUGGUGUGUUCCAUAAAGUUAUCUUUCCUCCCUUAAAUUAUGCUCUCCUCUCCAGGCUGAAAUUUGAAGAGUGUACAUGUUCGACACAAACUGCAAUUGAUCCGUGCUUUGUUUCUGCACACAAAUGUACAAUUAUUUUCCCGAAGGACAAACAAAUGUGUGUUUGAAAACCAAUUGUCUGUAUACUUAAAUACUGCGACUAAUAUGGCAUUCCGUCCCAGGCUUGAAGCAGUUGAGAAUGAUCGAUUGUAUGCGAGAGGCAAGUCUUAGCACCGCAGCCAUUGGUCUCUCUCUCUCUCUCUCUCUCUCUCUCUCUCUCUCUCUCUCUCUCUCUCUCUCUCU